GCCACAGAAGGCUGUCUCUAUGGUGAGCGGGAGGCGGCGACUGAGGAGGCGGAGAAGCGCGACCGCAGCGGCCCCGGCGCAGGUACCAAAGUAAAGGCGGACCACAGAGGGAUUUGGGGAGGCGAAUCUUUACUCGGCUCAAUGAGAAGCUGCUGCAGCUCGCUAGUGCCGGACGGCUCUCCGCCGCGCGCUCCACCUCAACCCACCAUGCCAGCCGCCCGUGCAGAGCAGAGCCCGCGGAUCCGGGAAGUUUGGGCUUGCAACCUGGACGAGGAGAUGAAGAAAAUGCGACCCGUUAUCCAGAAAUACAAUUACGUGGCUAUGGAUACGGAGUUCCCAGGUGUGGUGGCGAGACCUAUCGGAGAAUUCAGAAGCUACGCCGACUACCAGUACCAACUGCUGAGGUGCAAUGUGGACUGGCUGAAGAUCAUCCAGCUGGGGCUGACGUUCAUGAACGAGCAAGGAGAGUGCCCCCCGGGAACCUCCACGUGGCAAUUCAACUUUAAAUUCAAUCUGAAGGAAGAUAUGUACGCCCAGGAUUCCAUAGAGCUCCUGACCAUGUCCGGGAUCCAGUUCAAGAAACAUGAAGAAGAGGGGAUCGAGACCCAGUAUUUUGCGGAGCUCCUGAUGACAUCGGGAGUGGUGCUGUGUGACGGGGUCAAGUGGCUAUCCUUUCACAGCGGCUACGACUUCGGCUACUUCAUCAAGAUGCUCACCAACUCUCCUUUGCCCGAAGAAGCCCGCGACUUUUUCGAGAUUCUCCGACUGUUCUUUCCGGUCAUCUAUGAUAUCAAGUACCUCAUGAAGAGCUGCAAAAACCUCAGGGGUGGACUGCAGGAAGUGGCCACUCAGCUGGAGCUGGAGCGCAUAGGGUCCCAGCACCAGGCAGGGUCCGAUUCGCUACUCACAGGUAUGACCUUUUUCAAAAUGAGAGAAAUGUUCUUUGAAGACCACAUCGAUGAUGCCAAGUAUUCUGGCUACCUGUACGGCCUCGGUUCGGGAGCUACCCACGUCUACAACAACGGUCACCCCGGCUUCCAGAAUCGCUUCCCGGGCCCCUACCACAGCAACUACCCGAGAGGCUUCCAGGGCAUCCAUUAUAUUCAGUACAGCAGAGAUUCAGUAUGGAGAGGAGACCCGCAAGCAUUCAUGAGCAUGCAAGAGGUGCCAGCGUUUGAGGGUGAGGAUCCUCAAUUCUACACCUAUGGAGAAUGAAUCUGCUCAGAUCCCCUGUUUCAGUAGAAGGUUGAAGUUUCCUUGAUGUUUGCUUGAAAAUUGAUCAUCUGCCAGUUUUACACAGCAUUCCCUUGUUUUGGACCCAUGUUCACUGUGCUGCAAAUUGUUGACUCAGCUAAGCUAAUCCAAGAAGGAAAAGGAGAAUUUAGUGACUGCUUUUCCUGAUGUUUCAUCUUCCAAACACCUUUAGUGUUCUUGGUUUUGAAUUGGUAUAUGUAUUAGAUCUGUGAUUGACUAAAUGUUUUAAUCUAGCUUUACCCACUUCAGCAAAGUCCCUUGUAACUGGCUUUUCAAGUUCUGUCGGGGAGCUGGCAUCCAAGGAGCAUCAGCCUGAACUUCUGUUGACAGCAUCAUUCCUUUUAUUGCCCUUUUGCCUUUUAAUUCUACUAACAUUUCUUUUUUCUCCUCAUUCCUGUCCCACCCUUUAAAAAUAGUAAUGUUUACUAUGUAAUUUGAUGAUUCUGCAAGUCAGCUUCAUAAUAGAAAGUCCAAAGAGAGCAAAGUCACCUUAGUUAUAUUUUAUACCAAAUUAAAUUUGAAGAAAUAAAAUUGUACUUUUGUAGUUGCUAGAAAGACAAAAGUAAUUCAGAGCCUUGUUGUAAAACAACAAAAAGUCCCUUAAAUGAACUUGAAUAAUUUUAGUUAUCCAAGGACUAUAAUGAUUAUUUAUUUUUGUGUGUAUAUUUUUGCCAUAUAUUUUCUAUCUAUUGACAGAAAUAACUGUGAAGUACUUUCUUAGCCAAGCAGAUUAUGUGACCAGGCCAGAGCACAUGAAGGAAGAAUUUGGUCAUUAGUAAUCAAAUACUAGCCAGAAAUGAUAGAUGGCAAGUGUGUAUGUAUAUGUUACCUGCACUUCAAUCAGUAUUAUCUGUUUUCCAGAUGGGCUUGUCUCCCUUAUCUUUUAAUACUCUUUUCUCAUUAAGUUUGCUAGAACCUUGACUCACUGGGAAAUAUUCAUUGAAUGAACCUCAAAGGAGUUUGGUGGUAGUGAGAGAUGGCAAAGGAGAGAAAGGAAUAUUCAAACUCCUUCACUGUGAUGGAGUGGGAAGAAGAGUGGGAGUUAGUUGUGGGGAGAGCAGGAAAAUGAGUAAAAGUGCAACCAUAGCAAGGUCUUGAUGAGGGCAGGAAGAAGAGAGGAGUGGAAAAGGAGAAGCUGGUAUCACUCCUAAUGCCCAGUCCAGUGCCAUGUACAGAGCAGGAAUUUGAUGAAUGUAUUGUUCUUAGACCCUUUGGCUUCCUUCUAGGCUCAGGCCAAGGGACAUCUUCUGCAGGAGGCCUUUCCCAGCUCCCUCAGCUGCUAGUGCCUUCCCCUCGCAUAUUGCCUUUCACCUAAUCUGUCUAUAUAUAUAUAUAUAUAUAUAUUGUGCGUAUGUAGUUACUUACAAGUUUUCUUCCCUGUUAGAAUGUGAGCUCCUUGAGAGCAGGGAUAGUAUUUUUUGCUUUUCAUUGUAUACCCAGUGCUUAGCACAGUG